AUGAGAUUGUCACUAGGUGAAAACAACAACAUACAAGAACACAGAAAUUUUGCAGAAUGGCUACUCAAAAUUGGUGAUGAUUUGGCUGGUGAUACAACAGAUGGUGAAUCGAUCGUUCAUAUACCAUCUGACAUUUUGAUUAAGAACUCUGAGACAGUUUUGGAUGACCUCAUUGAUUUCGUGUAUCCAGAUAUGUUAUCCAAUUUAUCUGUUGAAAAUUAUUUCAAGGAUAGAGCAAUUCUUGCACCAACUUUGGAUUGUGUCAGUGAUGUCAACAACAAGAUGACUGCAGGAUUACCUGGACAUGAAAAAGUCUACUUAAGUUCAGACUCUGUGUGUGCUGAAGAGGGAAAUAUGGAAUUUGAGUUAGAUGCUUUCUCGUCGGAGAUUCUAAAUGGAAUAAAUUGUUCAGGUCUACCACCACACAAGUUGGUUCUAAAGGUUGGCGCUCCUGUUAUGUUGCUGCGGAAUAUAGACCAAACUAAUGGUUUGUGCAAUGGAACGAGGAUGCAAGUUAGAAGAAUGGGAAAUCAUGUGAUAGAAUGCAAGACUUUAACUGGUAACAAAGUUGGAAGUAUUGUUCUUAUCCCAAGACUGAAUCUAAUUCCAAAUAAUGAAACAUUGCCGGUCAGGUUUCAAAGAAGACAAUUCCCAAUUAUUAUGUCAUUUGCAAUGACAAUAAAUAAGUCUCAGGGACAAACUCUAUCGAAAAUUGGAAUUUACCUUCCAAGGCCAGUUUUCACCCAUGGUCAAUUGUAUGUUGCGUUAUCAAGGGUAACGAGUAAAGAUGGUCUGCGAGUACUGUUGCAAGAUCAUGGACACUUGGAAGAUAACUGCACGAUGAAUGUGGUAUAUAGAGAAGUUUUUGAGAGCCUAUAA